AUGGCGGUCGGAUACGCCAAGGACCAGCCUGAGGGCUUCACCAACCGCAUCGAAAAGGUCGCGAUUGUCGGGGCCGGGGGCUCAGUUGGAAGACAUCUCGUCGAUCAGCUUGUCAAGAACGGCAAACAUGUCGUGACCGCCAUCACACGCCCCAGCAGCACCAACAAAAUGCCCGAAGGCGUCGAAAUUGCGCGCGUCGAUUAUGCCAGCGACGACGACACAGCUCUCGUGGAGGUUCUGCGGGGCCAACAAGUCCUGCUGAUCACCAUGAAUGUCAUGGCUCCACCCGACACCAUGAUUAGGCUUAUUGGCGCCGCCGCCAAGGCCGGGGUGGCGUAUAUCGAGCCGAACUGGUACGGGCACGACGCGGACAACGACGCUCUCUGCAACGACAGCAUGCUCAGCCCCAACCGUGACCGCUUUAUUGCCGAAAUUAGCCGUCUAGGCGUGAGCUCCUACUUGUUCCUCGUUUGUAACUUCUGGUACGAGUUCAGUCUGGGGGGCGGACCAGAUCGCUUUGGCUUCGAUUUCGCCAAACGCACUUUCACCCUCUUUGAUGGCGGCGAUGUGCCUAUCAACACAAGCACUUGGCCGCAGUGUGGUCGGGCUAUUGCGAAAUUGCUGAGUUUGAAGGAACUCCCCCAGGAUGAGAACGACAAGUCCCCUACCCUGUCCCAGUUCAAGAACCGUUCUACGCAUGUCUCGAGCUUCCGAUUGACUCAGCGCGAUAUGUUUGAGAGUGUCAAGCGCGUGACCAAGACUACGGAUGCCGACUGGACUAUCUCGCAGGAUUCUGUUGCAGAGCGCUUCAAGGAGGGGCAGGAGGGCAUGAAGGUGCACAACUGGAAGGUGUUCACUAAGAUGCUGUACAGUCGGAUGUUUUUCGCGGAUGGGGAUGGUGACUAUGAGUCCAGAAUUGGUCUGGAUAAUGAAGCGCUCGGCCUUCCCGUUGAGGAUUUGGACGAGGCUACAACGGAGGGCAUCCGGAUGGCAGAGAAGAACGAGGUUCCUUUCUCGCACUAA